AUGAGCGCGAUGGGUGUGGUGCUGGUCCUUUCCGAUGCCGUGAGGGACAUCUCCAGACACCACACGCAGUCGGUCUUUCUGGACGACCGGGUCCUGGUAGCUGACACGGUGAGGGAAGUGCUCGCCGCCAAGCAAAAAUGGGCGAGAUGGAGCAGGAAGCUGGGCCUGGAGGAGAAUGACCAGAAAGUGGUCGCCUUGGCCCAGACGCAAGCUCAGCGCCUGGCUUUCGAAAGACGGGGUCUGUCACAGAGCCAGAUCUCAGGUCAGCUCCGCAUCCUGGGCGUGGACUACCUCUCGCAGGGCUGCGAUGGCUACGGCUCCACCAGGCAACAGAAAACAGUCCAGGCCCUCGGCUGGCGUCUGGCUCGUGCCCCGUUGCCGGCGGAGGUUCGCACCAGCCUCUACCGGUCUCGCAUCAUCCCCAGUCUUUGUUGGGGUUGGUGGUUUCAGGACAUGCCCGCCGAGGUCUUCAACCAGGCCUACGCGGUCUUCCGGAAGGUUGCAACGGUGCACCACAUGGCGGCCAGAAACCUUCGGGUCAUCAUGGAUGGGCAUCAGCUGUGCCCCUACUUCGUGGCCUUUGCGCAAGCCUUCACGCAGCUGCGGUCCCUGGUCCUCAAGGGCUUGCCUUGGCCGGGUCACGGCCAGCGGCACAGCUGGGUGGAACGUGUGAGAGACACUCUGGGGGCUGGGGGUGGCGGAGCGUUGGCGCUCGGGCGGUGGACUCACCCGACUGAGGGGAACAUGGACGUGCAGCACGACAACAAGGACAAGGUGCUUCACUUGGUGAGGGAGUCGUGGAGGAGGUCACACUGGGAGGCUUUCUUGGCCAAAGACCGCAGGGACAGCAGAUUCUUGCGGGGCACUGCGUACCACCCCAGGAGGUACAAGUGGGCAGCCGAGGCUUUUCGGGAUGGCGGGCAGCAUGUCAAGGCUGUCCUCACGGGAGCGGCGCUCAGCCUCUCGGUGCAGCAGGUCAUUUUUGAGGGCGCUGUGCAACAAGGCUGCGGGCUGUGUGGAGAUGCAGAGGCAUUCCCGACUUGGGAACACCUGGCCUGGGAUUGCGCUGGUUUUGCAGCGCGGCCCGCGAGACCAGGAGAUCCGCUGUCCUGCCGCUUUGGCUGGCCGCAGCGCGCCGGACCUCCGGGUCGUGUGGUGGUGGAACAUUUGGCAGCGGUCCGGGAGCAGGUGCUGGGCUUCAGGCCGCAUGGGCGCCGUGGCGCCCGCUUGUAG